AGCGCCGACCCUGCCGUGUGACAGCCGGGGGGGGCCGCUGCUGCCUCGGCGAGCCCGGCUGCGGCGCGGCGGCUGCAGCCAUGUGUUUCUCCGCCUGCCAGUGACACAAUAACACGGGAAGCGGCGGGAGGGAUCCGAGCCUGCCGCGGGGAAAAGUGACCUGAGGCGUUCAGGCCGGGGCGAUGGAGGAGGGCAUGAGCAGCAUGCAGCAGAAAGCGGCGGAGCUGGAGCACAUGGCCGAGGUCCUGCUCACCGGCGAGCAGCUCCGGCUCCGACUGCACGAAGAAAAGGUCAUUAAGGAUCGACGACACCACCUCAAAACGUACCCGAACUGCUUCGUGGCCAAAGAGCUGAUUGACUGGCUGAUCGACCACAAAGAGGCCUCCGACAGGGAGACAGCCAUUAAACUGGUGCAGAAAUUAUUGGAUCACAGCAUUAUCCACCAUGUCUGUGAUGAGCAUAAAGAAUUCAAGGAUGUCAAACUGUUCUACCGCUUCAGAAAAGAUGACGGGACAUUUCCACUGGACAAUGAGGUGAAGGUGUUCAUGAGAGGACAAAGACUGUAUGAAAAGCUGAUGAGUUCUGAAAACACCCUUCUGCAAGCCAGGGAAGAGGAAGGAGUCAAGUACGAGCGGACCUUUGUGGCGUCGGAGUUCAUGGACUGGCUGGUCCAGGAGGGCGAGGCCGCGACACGGAGCGAAGCGGAGCAGCUCGGCCGCAGGCUCUUGGAGCACGGGAUUAUCCAGCAUGUGUCCAACAAGCACCAUUUUAUGGACAGCAACUUGCUCUACCAGUGCAGAAUGAAUUUCCGCCGGCGGCGGCGAUUAAUGGAGCUCCUCACUGAGAAAUCUCGCUUGAUGCCAGAAAGCCAUGACAGCCCGUUCUGCCUGCGCAAGCAGAACCAUGACAACAGGAAACACACCAGUUUUCUCUCAGUGAGUCCCACCAAGGAGAUAAAGAUCGUGUCGGCCGUGCGGAGGAGCAGCAUGAGCAGCUGUGGCAGCAGCGGGUACUUCAGCAGUAGCCCCACGCUCAGCAGCAGUCCCCCUGUGCUCUGCAACCCCAAAUCUGUAUUAAAGAGACCUGUGACUGCUGAUGAGCUCUUGAUGCCUGGAGCCCCAUAUGUUAGAAAAACUUUUACGAUCGUUGGCGAUGCCGUGGGCUGGGGCUUUGUGGUGCGGGGCAGCAAACCCUGCCACAUCCAGGCUGUGGACCCCAGCGGGCCAGCGGCCGCGGCUGGCAUGAAGGUUUGCCAAUUUGUCGUGUCUGUCAAUGGCCUCAAUGUUCUCCAUGUGGAUUACAGGACAGUAAGCAACCUCAUCCUGACCGGCCCUCGAACAAUUGUGAUGGAAGUGAUGGAAGAAGUGGAGGCCUGAGAAGGCACAAAGUCCCUGUUAUGGACAUUUUUGUGCGACGAAUAGCAACAGCCAUGGAGUGUCAUGACACAAGGCAGCAGAAUGUUGUUCUGUCUAAACAGAUGAUUUUGCUUUUAGGGGAGGGGGCUCUCUUUCCUUUAAUAAUAGCACUGGUGAUUAUGCUAAGAUGUGAGCAAUAGCUACCAGCUUAUUUUCAUCAUGGACUUCUCUGUGCCCAACAGAGACAAAACCAGGGCCUUUAGGUGGUCUGUCCAGCCAUGGCUGCAUCGGGCAGAAUGGGCUCCAGCCUAAGAGGCUGUGCAUAUUUCCUCACAGUCCACUGCUGGAUCAAAGCACUGCAGGAGGUGAAAGAGCCAAGCACUGUGGGGUUGGGGUGUCACAGAUGAUUUCCAUGAGAUACUGACAUUGAUAAACAUGGUCCUGGUGUCCAGCUUUGUCCCUGGAGCACAUGCAGUCACAGUUGCUCUCUCCUUGGGCUGAGGGACAGCUGACUAAAUCCUGGCUUGAUUACAGUCAAACACAAAUGAACUGCAAAUGCAUGAGAAAAGGUGUCUGUGCUCUGUAGAGGAUAGUCUGGUAUGAAUGUUUGGGCCUUACUGAUUACAUGGGUUAGUCUAGAAAGAAAAUGGGAAAACGUGUGGUCUUUUACAAAAACUGCCUUUGCAAAUUGGUCUUCUGGUUUCAAUGCUUGUGUGCUGGAUAAGGUGCUUGAGUAUAAAAUAUUGAUUUUGAGUUUUUUUCCAUACCUGUAAAGGAAAGAUGCCUCAGUCUUACUAUUGAUCACUUCAGAGAAGAACCUUAAUUCCCAGAAGAAGAAUAUUUGGCAGGUUGUAGUGGGAAAUUCACAGUGUUAGCAUAAGGAAUGAUACAUUCAGAUUCUCCAGUAGCAAAAGCACACUUUAAACUGAAGCAAUGUACUUGAAUGUACAUGAAGCUUAUGAGCACUUUCCAAUCAUCUGAUGUUUUGCAAAGAACCAACUUCCCUCAUGAGCUCCAUUUGACACUGUUACAAAGAAAACAUUGUAUUUAACUGACUCUUAUUGUUUCUCAAACAGUAGGAUUUUUUCAUUGAUGAAUUAAUGAAAGAAAUAUUUUUUAAAAGCAUAUAUAAAAAUUCCGUAUUCUGCAGUUAGGUGACUCUUCAACUCAGUGUUAGGGGGACUGCAUGGGUUUUCUUUGAUCUUUGAACUGAAUGAAUAUAUCCUGUUCCACAAAAUUCAUAUACACUUUGCAGACUUUCUCUGCUGUGUAAAUUUUACAAUUAAAGCUUGACUUUCUAUAUGCACAUACCACAGAUCAUCCAAUUCUGGGGUGGGGAAAGUAUUUUUCCUCAAAUAAUUUUGAAACAUGUUUUGUAUUAAAAAUUGUUCUCACUAAAAAAAAUUGCUCUGUCAGUAUGUUUUUCAUUCACUCAAACACUUUUACUUCAGAAGUAUAGCAAGUCUUCCAACUCAUGUAUUCCUGAAGCUUUGUAGGAAGAAGUCCUUGAGUUCUUUGUUUCUGGUUUUGUAUAUCUGUGGUUGUAUUUUCAAUAAGAAAACUUCUCAUAUUCCACUAAUAUGCAGCAGUGCAGGGAGGUAUAAAAUUGCAGCUGCUUACUCAAUACUAACCAGGCACCAGAGUGUUUGGAGGGUUGUUCAAACUGACAUCUAUGACAGUUCUGAAUCCCAAUUGUAUUCCCCAAAAUUUUGGUAAAUACGUAUACACCACAUUGGGUUACAUUUUACAGGUCAUCCAAAAUAAAUAGCUGGGCACACAAUAUUAUAUUGGAUUGUAAUAACUGUCCAUGGUAUCCACUCAAAACAGUUGGAAACAAUCUUGUUGUUCCAGAAAUGUUUCAGUAUACUAUAAGUAUUUUGAGUUUGUGAAUCCAGGAAUGCUUCUACAAAUAUUUCUACUUAAUUUCUAUUUUUUUUAAUUUUCUUUUUUUUUUCUUCUUCUUUUUUUUUUUUUUAAUUUUCUUUUUUUUUUCUUCUUUUUGUUUUUUUUUACCCUAGGUUGUUUUGGUUGCUUAGCCCCUUUAAAAUAUAAAUUUGGCAUGUUAGGCUAAGUUAAAUAUUACAAUUGAAGGAUUUUCUUAGCAAAUUGCGGAUGAUUCUCUCUAAUGCCAUCCUGGGUUCAUCUGUAUUACAUCUCUUGCCUUAGUUAAUAUUCUGCUAGAAGUUCUCUGUAGCUUACAGAUAAUUAAGAAACUGGGUCAGAAUUUGGCUUAAUAAUGCAUUACAGAGUACACUUCAGACUGGAGCAAAAAGAGUGGGAAUGGGGGCAGGGAGAAAUAUGUGCAUUUCAUUAUGUUACAGAUUGGAGAUGGCAUCUUGAUUCACAAGAUACAUUAGUCUCUAUCACAAUUUGAGCACAGCUACUUGCCUUCUGUUUAAUAGAGAUUUCCAUAUUGUGUUCUCAACUUGAUUGACAAUCCAGGAUUUAAUUAAUUCUUUCCCUCUUCAGCGUGACAAAGGUAUUCAAAUUGUGUCUGCAAUAAAAUUUUGUAUUUUGGAAGAAAGGGUGGAAAGUAAACAAUUAAGCUAUGAAAUGUAUCAUUUCCAAUUAAAUUGCAGUUUGUCUGCACACAGUGCUGCAUAUGCUCCGAGACAUCCCACAGCAGUCAGUGCCAAACUCUCAUGCACUUCAGAGGGCACAGAAUUUUAAAUAUAACUGAGCACCUUGCUUCCUGCAAAGUGCCAGGGGAAAUGUAAGAUUAUUCACAGAAGUGAGGUAUUUCAAGAGAUAUCUUGAAUGAAUAGCAUGAAUAUCACAGUGUAGAAGGAAGCAAGAAACCAGAAAUUAAAAAACGAACCCUGGCAUCAACAGUAACAGCUUCAUUAAAAAUACAGGAUUUUUGUAAGACUUACUCUCUUCUGUGAUCUCAUUUUGGUUACUGUAGAUCUUACAAGAUCCUCUAAUAAAUCUUUAAGCCUUAAUCACUCAAAUUAGUGCCAUUCCUCUGUACAUGUACAUUUGCAGAUCAUUUAUGGACAUCUUCAAGCAAUGUAAUAUUUAAUUAAAUUCAAGUAGCAGUUAAGCUAAUUGGAGCAUUAAAUCAUUGCAAUAUUUAUUAUAUUUUUUCCAUUAUAUUUCCCUAAAGAUAAAUUAUUUUAAUUUUCUUUUUCAAGAUCAAAGACCGUGUGUAUGGUACUGAGCACAACUGGUUCCACAAUUAGUCCCAUGGAAGGCAUUUCAUUCACACAAUGAUGCAAUAAUCCACUUCAGGUGUAUCAGUAGUUAAUUGUCUGCAUUUUAUGUCCGCAUAGAAGCUGAAAAUAAAACUUUCAGAAUUAAAAAGACAUUGUGUCAUAGCAGCAUCUGAAAUAUGAGUGGGUGUGACUUGCUGUACCUUCUUCUAUGAGAUUACAUUCAGGACAAGGUUUGGAAUUAAAAGGUCAUGCACUUUU